AUGCGUAAUUUUAAUGGGAGGAGCAUAGUGCGCUUCUUACGAAGUCCCUUCGUGGAUGAACAAUUUGAAGACGCGUUAGCGAGUCCAACAAUAUCACUUGUAUUAACGGUGCCGAGCAAAAAUGUAGUCGAAAAAUUUAACCAAUUAAAUAAUGACUUUAGCGAAAGAAUCAACAAGAUCAGUGGCAAAGAAGAAACACAAACUAAAGGUAAAGAUAAAGCUACGGAAUCAGAACUCGAAAAAGUGAACGAAAACAAAAAACGCGUUGACAGUUCAAGAAAUUGGAAGAGCGAGUUAAUGAAAGAAAAGGAAAUGGUUUUCUUUGAGGGACUGACCACCAAGCCAAAGGUAGAAGAACAGGAUUUUGAGUUAUGUGCUUGGUUAAGGCUGAGUGCUGAAAGGAACUUUAUUCUCAAGUCUCAUGCUUUGCAAGUUCGAGAAUCAAAUGGGUAA